UCUCUCUCUCUCUCUCUCCUCCCUCACAGACGAGGCCUAGUCGCACACAGUACACACCGAUCCCCGGCCCAUCCUUUCCCUAUCACAAUGAACAUCUUCAGGUUCCUGGGGGAUAUCUCCCAUCUGUCCGCCAUCAUCAUCCUUCUACUGAAGAUAUGGAAGUCUCGCUCCUGCGCUGGUAUCUCUGGGAAGAGUCAAAUCCUGUUUGCUGUUGUAUUCACUGCUCGAUACCUAGAUCUGUUCACUAACUAUAUCUCCUUCUAUAAUACCUCCAUGAAGCUUGUAUAUGUUGCAAGUUCUUAUGCCACAGUGUGGAUGAUCUACAGCAAAUUCAAAGCCACAUAUGAUGGGAACCAUGACACCUUUCGAGUGGAGUUCCUCAUUGUCCCGACCGCCAUUUUGGCCUUUCUUGUCAACCAUGACUUCACACCUCUAGAGAUCAUGUGGACUUUCUCCAUUUAUCUGGAGUCUGUUGCUAUCCUGCCACAGCUGUUCAUGGUCAGCAAGACUGGAGAGGCAGAGACCAUUACUAGCCAUUAUCUAUUUGCUUUGGGAAUCUACCGUACUUUGUAUCUCUUCAACUGGAUCUGGCGCUACGAAUAUGAGGGAUUCUUUGAUCUGAUUGCAAUUGUUGCUGGACUUGUGCAGACCAUCCUGUAUUGUGACUUCUUUUAUCUAUACAUUACCAAAGUUCUGAAGGGAAAGAAGCUCAGCUUACCAGCAUAAGCCGAUAAUGCUCGCACGGUCCUCUUCUACGGUGUGAACUUGUCUAGUCUCCGCUAAGAGGAGAGGGAUGAUGCAGGGAAAAAAGGAUUUGUACCACUUCAAGUACAAACUCCAGGGCGUUAUGACACAAAAAAAGCUGAACAGAAGCCGCUUUCCACUUUCUACAUCUCCGAAACACUAAGAGGAAGAGACUUCAAAAAGACAAGUGUCCCUAUCACGCUGACCUCUGAUCAUUUCUUACCGAGAGCGGUCUCCAUUACGCCCAUUCUUUAAAGUUUGGGCCUUAAAAAAAAAAAAAAUCGAACAUAACACUUUCAGUAUAGAUUUCUUCUGUAUUCCUUUCCUAAUACACUUUGUUCUUCUUCUUAUUUUCAUCCCUUAUCUUUUGCUGGCGAUGUUAGGGUGUGAAAAAACACACAAUAAUAUAACCUGGUUUUUACUUUUUUUUUAUAGCAAUUAAAGCAUUCACAGCCAGUGUAACAGGCCUGGGUUUCCUUUAAAAAAAAGACACUUUUCCCUUUUUUUGCAAAUUGCAGGUGUUUUUAAAAAAUAGGCGAUAAAUGGAAUUUCGAACUGUACAUUGUUCCUAAAACAAAAUCUGUAUAUUUUUUGCAGAAACAUUGAAAAUCGACAUUUUGAAAAAAAAAUUGAAAAUCUUUCUAUGCAAUCUCAAGAUUUGUAUACAUUAAAUGAUGUUGAAUGUUA